GGAAACGAUCGUGAUAACUCAUCAUGUGACAUAAAAACCGUUUCCCAGGGAAACGAUCGUAAUAAUAUUGAAAGUAGCGUAGAUAUUGCUUCCCAAAUAAGCAAUCAGCAAAAAACUAUUCCGAAUACUUCUUUACCGGCAGAAGAUCUUGACGAUUCUGAUGAAAUUGAGCUCACUAAAAAUCAAAAUAUAGAACUAGAUUUAAUCCAAGAUUUACAGAAUUGUAUACUUAUUGCUUCACCUGAUUCCAUAGAAAUACCUUCCAAAGACAUC